ACUCGAUCAAAUCUUCUAUUCAUAGUUAGAUCGCGCAAGACGUUUUCUUUUUCCUUCUCCGUUUUCUUUUUCUUUUGGCAAUGGCGAUCUCAAUCUCUACAGAGGAUGUUAGAUUAGUGACGAAUGCACCAAUCGAAAGUCCUAACACUUGUGAUGAUGGUAUGUGGUCUGGUACCACUACGGCUGGAGUAACAGUUAGAAAGGCGAUUGUUUUAGGGGCUGACAUGCAAAAAACUGAUAUUACCGGAACAAAGAAAAAAGAGACAACCAAAAUUAUCCAGAUAGGAACGUUUGCAGCCUUGACUAGAGCAGGAUACGAGAAGCAUGCUGACCAUUUGGUCGACAGGUUCUUGAGAUUCGUUGAUAAAGCAAAACACCUAUUCAUCGACAUUACGACCAUGGUGGAAGAGGUAUACGAAUUGGUUUUGCAAGACAUCAAAGAUGGUUUAUUACCGGAACAACACAGGGGUAUUAUACUGCUAGGUGGCUAUAACCGAGGUUGUGAUGACCCUAAAUUCUUCUUUGUAAACAAUGCGGGAGUCCUUGACUUAAUGAAUACCGACAUUGACUGCAUCCGGGGUGUAUUCCAAACUGGGUCUGGGUCCGGAGCUGCUUUUGUCUAUAUGGAUGAGAGGUACAGAAGAGAGGAAGAUGAUUUGACAGCGGCCAGGACAUUGGUGGAAGAUGCAAUCUAUUCUGGCAUUCAGAGUGAUAGUCAUAGUGGUAUAGGAAUUGAAGUUGUUGUUGUCCGACCAUUAAUGGGGGUUGGUAAGGUGGAGAGCAUGACUAUCAAAGAGUAUGAAAGGAGGAGAAACAUACGGCACGCUGACUCAUGAUACACAUCGCGUCAUCUGCUCUUUUUAGAAGUCAUGAGAAUAUAUAGGGAAGACUAAUAGUAAUUGAUGAUACUCAUCCUCAUCAGACGUGCGUGAGUUGAAAUUUUCGUAAUAAAAAUCUUUGCUGGCAUGUAUAGAUUCAUUACCAUAGUAGAUUUUUCUCUGCCUCUAUACGAAUAUAGACGAAUGUAUGAAUUUUUUUUUCCAUGGGUACGAAUAUAUGACAUUACAACUCUAUACCAAGGGGUCUUAGG